GGCAGCGGGUCGGUGGGGCGCCGCGCUGCCUGGACCGCCCUGGGCGCUGCCUUCCUCCUCCUCCUCCUCCUCCUCGCCCGCCCCGGCCCGGCUCCGCUCGCCAUGGGAGAUGUGGUCUCCACGCACCUGGACGAGGGUCGCCGCCAGCACAUCGCCGAGAGGACGGGGAAGGUGCUGGGUGAGUUCUGCCGGUGCUACAAGGAGCAGUUCGGGGUCGCGCUCUUCAACAGCGUCCGCUAUGAGAUCGAAGGCAACGGGGGGCCACAGGCUCAGCUGCUGCACCGUAAGGUGCCCCUCGAGGACCACGUCAUUUACUCGGGCAACCUCUUCCACUACAUCGAGGAGAACAAGAAGUGGAGGAACCGCUUCUGCGUGGUCCCACACAACUACGGCUUGGUCCUCUAUGAGAACAAACUGGCCUAUGAGCGGGACCUGCCGCCCCGUCUGCUGAUCAACAGCGCUGGCUACAAGAUCCUCACCUCGGUGGACCAGUACCUGGAGCUGGUGAACAGCAGCCUGCCUGGUGUGACACCCAAACUGGGACAGACCCCCAUCUUUAAGUGCCCCACGGAUUUCCCCCUCAUCCUCUGGCACCCCUAUGCCCGGCACUAUUACUUCUGUGUGAUGACAGGCAAGGAGCAGGAGAAGUGGAGGGCAGUGUUCCAGGAUUGCGUACGGCACUGCAACAAUGGCAUCUCCGAGGACUCCAAAGUGGAGGCUCCAGCCUUCACGGAUGCAGUACGCAUGUACCGCCAGUCGAAGGAGCAGUACGGCACGUGGGACAUGCUGUGUGGCAACGAGACCCAGGUCCUGAGCAACCUGGUGAUGGAGGAGCUGCUUCCCGAGCUCAGGAACGCCAUCGGGCCCCGCCUGAAGGGCAAAGCGCAGGAGCGCCAGCGGACGUGGAUCCAGAUCUCGGAUGCUGUCUAUAGGAUGGUCUAUGAGCAGACCAAUGCCCAGUACGAUGCAGCGAUGGCCAAGUGCGAGCAGGAGCGGCCCCAGAUGGAGAGCACUAUCCGCACGGACAUGGACCAGAUCAUCACCUCCAAGGAGCACUUGGCCAGCAAGAUCCGAGCGUUUGUCCUCCCCAAAGCGGAGGUGUGCGUCCGUAACCACGUCCAGCCCUACAUCCCCUCCAUCCUGGAGGCCCUGAUGACCCCCACGAGCCAGGGCUUUGCUGAGGUGCGGGAGGUGUUCUUCAAGGAGGUGACGGACAUGAACAUGAACAUCAUCAAUGAAGGUGGCCUGGAGAAGCUGGUGGAGUACAUGGAGAAGCUUUCCCACCUGGCCUUCCACCCGGUCAAGAUGCAGUCGUGCUAUGAGAAGAUGGAGCAGCUGAAACUGGAGGGUCUCCAGCAGCGCUUCGAUGUCACCAGCACGUCCGUCUUCAAGCAGAGGGCCCAGAUCCACAUGAGACAGCAAAUGGAUGAUGCUGUGCACACGUUCGAGACGCUGCUCCACCAGGAGCUGGGGAAGCUGCAGGGCAAGGACGACCUCUGCAAGUCCAUCCAGCGCAUCCUGGAGAGGGUGCUCAAGAAAUACGACUACGACAGCAGCACCGUGCGGAAGAAGUUCUUCAGGGAGGCCCUGUUGCAGAUCACCAUCCCCUUCCUGCUGAAAAAGCUGGCGCCAACCUGCAAGGGGGAAUUAGCCAAGUUUCAGGAGCUGAUCUUCGAGGACUUUGCCAGCUUCAUCCUGGUGGAGAACACUUACGAGGAGGUCGUGCUACAGUCGGUGAUGAAAGACAUCAUGCAAGCUGUGAAGGAGGCGGCCGUGCAGCGCAAGCACAACCUGUACCGCGACAGCGUCGUGAUGCACAACAGCGACCCCAACCUGCACCUCCUGGGCGAGAGCAUCCCCAUGGAGUGGGGGGACGAGCCCAGCUCCCAGCCCGAGGCCGAGCCGCAGGGCGAGCGGCGCCGCAGGGCCAAGCAAGUGGUGUCGGUGAUCCAGGAUGACGACGGGCUCCUGCCCUACGCGGUGGGCGCCGAGGCGCUGCUGCAGCCCGGGUCCCCGCAGCCCCCGGAGCCGGAGGAGCCACCGCCGGAUGGGGUGGAGGAGAUCCGGGAGGCGCUGGCCAAGGAGAGCCGCGGGGGUGCCGGUGAGGUGGAGGAGCGGCUGAGGAACGGGACUGACGCCAAGCGGGAGAGUGGUGCCACCGAGGAGGUGGCGGUGGCAGCGUCUGUCCCAGGGGAUGUCCCCUCCCAGGGUGCAGCCAGCGAUGGGGACAGGGUGCACCACGCCACAGCGGCAUCGCCUGCGCCUGCGGCUGAUGUUGUGCCAGGGGCUGGGGAUGCUGCAGCGGCAUCAGCGGUCCCUGGAGCCGAGCUUCCAUCAGGGGCUGAAGUGCAACUGCCUGCACCAGCAUCACCCGUGCCUGGAGGUGAUAGCACACCAGGAGCCAGGGUGCAACCGGCUGCACCAGCAUCACCCGUGCCUGGAGCUGAUACCCCAUCAGGAGCCAGGGUGCAGCACACCAUGCCGGCAUCACCCAAACCCAGAGCCGAUGUCCCACCAGAGGGCAAGCUGCCCCAUGGUACACCAGCAUCACCUGCACCCGAAGCCAAGACCCCAUCACCGUCCACCGGCUCAGUUUGCCAUCAGCCCAGCGACAAGGAGACAGGCGAGGAGGUGGCUGUUACCCCCCCACAGUCCCCAGGCACAACGGAGAGCGGUGAGGGGGUGCAGACAGAGUUCUAGCCUGGCCCCCCCCACCAUGGACUGGCCCUGGUGAUGCUGGGGGUUGGGAUAGGGGGAACAGGACCCGCUGUGCUGCCGGGGAUGGAGGGCAGUGCUGUGGGAAAGGGAGGGGAUGGGAAACACCAAGACCUUAUUGCCUACGGGGGGGGAGACCCCGCUGCUGUGCGGGGCUGGAUACAGCCAAGUGGUCCUAUUGGGUCAGACUGGGGAGGCCCCAGCCCGGGGUCCCCCCUGCACUCUGCUCUGUCCUUCUUCUGCCUUAGUUUCUUCUUUUCUAACGAGGAGAUGCUUUAUCUGCCCCCCGAGCACUGGGGCACCCGGGGAGGGGGGGGGGGGGGGGGCUGGCACUAGCCCUGCUGUGGAUGGGUGCACAGGAUGCUCCCAGCUGCCCCAGGGAUCGGCCACUGGUCCCAGUUGAGGGCUUCCUGGGAAUGCCCACCAGCAGUGCACCCAUGGCCCAGGGAUGCCAGUGGGAUGAUGGAAAACAUGAUGACAGGGAUACAGCAGCGCUGGGUGGCUUGCACUGCUCCUGAUGGGGUGAGAACUGGGGCAGGCGUGGGGUAACAGCACCCAGGCUGGGGUAACUGCAUCCGAACUGGGAUAACAGCACCCAGGCUGGGGUAACUGCAUCCAAACUGGGGCAACAGCACCCAGGCUGGGGUAACUGCAUCCAAACUGGGAUAACAGCACCCAGGCUGGGGUAACUGCAUCCAAACUGGGAUAACAGCACCCAGGCUGGGGUAACUGCAUCCAAACUGGGGCAACAGCACCCAGCCUAAGGUAACUGCAUCCAAACUGAGAUAACAGCACCCAGCACCCAUCCCUGGCCGCCCUCACUCACCCCAGGCCCUUCUAGCAGCUAAGUUCAGAUUAAAAGCUCAGCAGUGAAGGUGAUGCUCACCCCAUGUCUCCAAUGGGACUGGGCUGCCUGGAUCCAGGCAGAGGAGGGAUCCCAGCUCUUGCUUCCCAGUCCUGUGCACAGAUGAUGGCUCCAGCUCUAGAGCUCUGGCUAGCACAGUGCUGGUGGGGCAGAGCUGGCAUCCGCUGUGGGGCCAGGGACAGGCACAGCCCCAUGCAGAGGUGCUGGUGGGGUUGGCAGAACUCGUGUGUGUGUGUGUGCAUGGAGUAGGGACCAGCACCCUGACACCUGCCUGCAUUUUAGGUGCUGCUGUUUCUGCCUCUGAAGGGGGGUGGCCAGUCUGAACCCCCCCCCAAAGUGCCUUGCUUGGGGAACUUAAAACCUGUCUCUUCCAGGAUAUUUUAUUAAGAAAGUUAUACAAAUGUUUAAAAAUAUGCUUAUAAUAAUUAAUAAAAUGGAAAAGCUUUAUUUAAA